AUGAGUCUCAAGUACGGCGUCGGAGGAAUCGGGUCGUUUCUGACCGUCGUGGGAGCUUACAUGCUCUUCACCGGCAGCGGCGAGUCCUUCAACGUCGGCGCCUUCCUCGAGUCCGUCUCGCCCUACGCCUGGGCCAGCCUGGGCAUCUCCCUCUGCAUCGGCCUGUCCGUCGUCGGCGCCGCCUGGGGCAUCUUCAUCACGGGCUCGUCCAUCCUCGGCGCCGGCGUCCGCGCCCCCCGCAUCCGCACCAAGAACCUCAUCUCCAUCAUCUUCUGCGAGGUCGUCGCCAUCUACGGCGUCAUCAUGGCCAUUGUCUUCUCCUCAAAGGUCGACUCCGUGCGCGGCGCCGAGCUCUUCUCCGCCGACUCGUACUUUACGGGCUAUGCCCUCUUCUGGGCCGGGCUGACGGUCGGCGCGUGCAACCUCGUCUGCGGUGUGGCGGUGGGGAUUAACGGGAGUGGUGCUGCGUUGGCUGAUGCGGCGGAUGCGUCUUUGUUCGUCAAGAUUCUCGUCAUUGAAAUCUUCAGCUCCGUCCUGGGUCUCUUUGGUUUGAUCAUCGGCCUUUUGGUUGCCGAAAAGGCUCCUGCUUUUGGCGCCAAGUCCUAA